AUGCCGCCCAUUCAGGUUUAUGAGAUAUCCGACGACUCUGACGAGGAUCCUGCCUCGCGGCACAAGGCUCAGGCCCAGGGCCUCGCCCAUCCCUUCGCCCAGUCCCAGGCACCAGCCCAGGCUCAGGCCCAGGUACCGCUGCGCGAACACCGUCCUCGCCCGCCCUCGCAGCCACUGGGCGCUCCCUCCCGCAGCGACAAUGUCCAGCGUAGGGACAGGCACGUGACCGGUUCCCGCUCGCCGCCACGGCCGGGCUACGCCCCCUCGACAGCGCGCCCGAGGGAGGCCGUCGUCGCCAAAGCGAGCAUUGGCGGUCACUCCGCCCCCAUCACGGCAGCAACGAGACCGGCUCCUCCCCCGGGCCCUGUGCCGCAACGGGGGGCCGCCCCCGUUUCUGGUCAGGAGCCUGGCGGUUCGCGGUUCAAAGGCCCAGAAGUCCAAAAGACGCCACCAGGAGUGUUUCCACCGGCUUCAGGACGCCCUGUGAUUGCCAGGAAAGCUAGUGCUGCUGCUAGAAACCCUGACGGCCCCGUGGACUCUAUUGUAGCCAGAGAGGCUCCCUGGCCUGCCGAGCCUACAGCACCUGAUGCCAGCGCACCCAUCGCCAGGGAUGCCAACGUCGCCUAUGACACGAUAGAGGCAAAAGAGGCACCGCCCCCGCGCCCUCCCGAGCCCAGGCGCGGUUUUGCGCCCACCCAGCCUCCGCCACGGAAACCUACAGCCGACGCGGCGGACUGCUCCCCAAAACCCCUCCCCACGCCUAAGAAAACCACCAAGGCUACCACAGGCCCUGGUACUGCUGCUGCUGCAUCUCCUAAGGCGUCCAACCCUACCCCACCCCAGAGUAUCGAGGCCGGGUUACGCGGCAUGAUCCCUCAAAUACGUCAGGAUCACGCCAGGCUUGUAGUCUACUGCAUAGAGAACUCGUUCCUGGGGCUGCGCGAAAGCCAGCGCCAUGUCUCGGCGACUGACCACUUUCUUGACAUGAGGGCCACCGAAGUGGACGUCAAUGUCAAGGAUCCCCUUAGCAUGAAGGUCAAGCUGAAACAACAUGGCCGAGAGCACGGCAAAGGCAAGGUGGACAACCGCCUCUGCCGAUAUCGUGUCGACUGCAUCAAGACGGACAAGAAGGCCGUCCCGCCCUACCGCUUUCACCACGUGGACAUACAAAAAAACAUUUUGACCCCCAAUGCCAUGCUCAAGUUCAUCCCCCACCUGAGGGACAUGGAAGCAUCAGAAGAGAAGGUGUUCCAGUUGUGGGUCCAUGAGUUACAGGAGAUGGAUCAGAAAUCGGGGUUCAACACUCUGAAGCAGCAGGACCGGGUCAGCAAGAUCAAGCGGGACGAGCUGGCGGCCACUGUCUUUCUUUACAUAGACCAGUGGCUCGAGGACCUCGAGAUUGACUGUUCACGAGAGAUGCUUCUCGAAUAUCUGACCAAAACCGAGGACCCCGAGGACGAGGCCGCAAUUGGCGAGCGUUUCCAGGGAACUAUAGCCCAACGGUUUACUGUCGCUUUCGGGCGGGCGUUCGGGAGCAAGCUGUCGCUCAGAGAUGUCCUCAAGCUCGACGAGAACUGGGAGACUCUGCUCGACAAGGCACGGGCGGCUGACGAUCCAAAUUCUCAGGGCGAGUCCCAGAAGACGCAGCAGAAUGAGUCCCUGCUCAAGGCUGCAGAGGACUGGCUGACCAGCUACACCUCGCUGGGCUGUCUGAUCUGCUUCAACCACUCGUGUGAGCACGGCGAGUACAUGCACGACAAUCACCGCCGAGCCUAUUCGCUGGAUCAGAUGGGCGGCCUGGGCAUCGCCCUCAAGAAACGACGGGCACAGGCUAGGCGGAAGCAGCUGCAACAGCACGCCUCCCCACGGCACGGAAAGCUGUCGGUAGGGUGCCUAAACAGGUGCUACACCCAAUACGGUGUCGGAAAUCAAUUCCAUGAUAUGCAGGAGUGGAAGGAUAGCGAAAGGAUGCUGCUCAAGACCAUAUUCCUGGUGCUUGGGGAGACGGGCGGCAUACGACCGCAGUGUCUGACGGCGAUGCUCCUGGACAGACCCUGUUUCGAGACCCACAGGGAGAUGCAGCGUCUGGAGCUCAAGAUGCCCCCGCAGCUCGAGGGCCCGGAGAGAGGCGACGUGCCCCGGCCGGUCAAGUCACUGAGCUGGUAUGACCGGAACCGCAAGGUGCUGCAGGGCGACUGGAAAGACCAUACCAAGGCGUAUGAGGCGCCCCGGUUCGAGUCGCACGAUCCGUGCAUCCACGACGGCCCUUGCACCGUCGCCAACGGCUGCGGGUGCGCCAAACUGGGCGUCUUCUGUGAACAUUUCUGCCGCUGCGAAGCCGAGACAUGCCCCCUAAAGUUCACGGGCUGUGCGUGCCACGGCUCUGGCAAGACGUGCCUGGAAACGCACCGCCAGGGCGCGAAGCCGUGCAUCUGCAUCCUGCUCAACCGCGAAUGCGACCCGGUAUUAUGUCAGGGUUGCGGGGUGAGGGAGCGCGCCGAUCCCGAGAACCGCUUUGACGAGGCUCUGCACGCCACAGGCUGUCAAAACUGCGCGCUUCAGCGUGCCGUCUCCAAGCCCGUGUGUCUGGGCGAGUCCCAACUCGACGGCUGCGGCUACGGUCUGUUCACGGCCGUGGACAUCGCCGAAGGCGAGUUCAUUCUCGAGUAUGUAGGCGAGCUGAUCGAGCACGACGAGGGCGUGCGUCGAGAGGCACGACGCGGCAACGUGUUCGACGAGAGCGAAAAUGUCUCCUAUCUCUUCACCUUGCUCGAGGACGACGGCAUAUGGGUCGACGCGGCCGUGUACGGGAACCUGAGUCGCUACAUGAACCACGCCGAGCAGGGCAAGAAGAGCUGCAACGUCGUGCCCAAGAUUGUCUAUGUCAACGGCGAGUUCCGCAUCCGCUUCACUGCCCAACGUGACAUCAAGGUCGGCGAAGAGCUCUUCUUCAACUACGGCGAAAACUUCCCUAACCUCACCAAGAAGCGGCUCGAAGACAAGGCCGAAGACACUAAUGGUGGCGACGCUUUCGACAUGGUUGCUGACGGAGGCGAUGAGGGUGACUUUGGGGGCGGAUCGGCGGCGGCCUCCAAGAACGCCCGGCCCCGAAAAAAGCCAGGCCCAAAACCGACCAAAGGCAAGCGAGGGGGCGCCCGUCCAGGCGCCGGUAGGAAACCCAACAGUGCCAAGAACCUCGGUGGGGUACAACAGACCAAGUCCGCCGCAGGAGCAGCAGCAGCGACGGCGGCAAAAGGAAGAAAGAAGCCAGGUCCCAAGCCUCGUCAAGGGGCCCGCAAAGAAGCACCGCCCUCAAAGCCUGUCCAGCAGGCAUGGGGCCGCGAGGAACAGGAUAAUGAGUCGGAUCGCGGUGUCCGCACAGAUUCCGUGCGCGACGACGACGCAAGGAUAUACGAGGUGGAGGAUGACGAUGAUGAGCCCCACCAGCUGCGGCAGCGUAGAGGCCUAGCGGGAGCGAGUAACGGUGCCACCAGGCGCAGCAAACGCAAGUUGGCCGAAGCCGAAGACGACGACGACUACGAGGAUGGCGGUGGCUCCGACAGCAACACCAACAGCCGAGGGAGGCCGACCCGCCGCGCAGCUAAGAGGUCUCGGGUUGAGGCCGACGCCUCGUCCUCGUCGGCCGCGGCGGCGACAUCCAAGAAGCAAAAGGGCGUCGCCUCCGCCUCCGCCCCCGCCCCCGCCGCCUUCAACGGCGCCACUACGACCGGGCGCUUCGUGUUCAGCGGCGAUACCCGUGAUUUUGACGAUGACAAAUCCGCCCCUCCGAGGCCAACGACCGGCAGGUCCGUUGCGGUCGCCAGCAGGACCGAGUCUGUCGAGAUCGCCGAUAGCAUUGAAGGCAGCGCCAGGCUUGACGACAACGGCAGCAGCGACGAGGACGAGGAUCAGGACGACGAGGAUGAGGACGACGUCAUUGACCGCUCCCGUCGCAACCGGCGACGUCCCGCCAGCAUUAUAACCUCCUACUCUCCCGAGACCCGUGAUCUUCGGACACUAUACCUGGCGCCGUACUCCUUGUGUACGAAUAAGCGGCCGACCAGCGGGUGGGCAACCAAAAACGAUAUUUGGUGUAUAUUUGUUACGGGCGGGCUUUUCUUUUUCUCAUGUAUCUGGGCGGCCGGCGAAGACGGAGGUCGUGAGUUCACCAGUAUCUUAAUCUUGAUUGUCGCGCAAUGGUUUGCCCUCAUCAUGACCACGUUAUCGUAUCUUCAAUACGAGCAAAUAAUAGACCAGCCUAUUGCCGGUAAGGACUUCACCACCACCUAA